CGCGGAGAGCACCAGGUAGCUGGGAGGAGAGCGGACACAAGUGUGGGAAGCCGUGGUGGAUAGAAAGCUUUUCCCCGGGUCCUUCAGCUGAGCCGCAUCUGCAAGAUGAUGAGUUAUUAUAUGGACACAACCAUCAGCAACACAGUUCCUUAUGCUUUGGCUCGGCCUGGAAUGAUGAAACAAGGAGUCCCUGUUCCCUGCGAGGAUCCCUGGGUGACCUGUGCCUUCCAGGCCUCCUGUUGCCAGCCCCGGCCGUGCUGCCCGCUGUGGGACGAGCCCGCCACGCAGGAGGUGCCCACCGGGCUGGAGCACUAUGGCACAGACAUGGAAUGUGCAGAUGUGCCUUUAUUAACGCCCAGCAGCAAAGAAAUGAUGUCCCAGGCACUGAAAGCCACGUUCAGCGGCUUUGCCAAGGAGCAGCAGCGGCUGGGAAUUCCCAAAGACCCCCAGCAGUGGACGGAGACGCACGUGCGGGACUGGGUGAUGUGGGCAGUGAACGAGUUCAGCCUGAAGGAAGUGGAUUUCCAGAAGUUCUGCAUGAAUGGAGCUGCCCUCUGUGCCCUGGGCAAGGAGUGCUUCCUGGAGCUGGCGCCUGACUUUGUGGGAGAUAUCCUUUGGGAACAUCUGGAGAUCCUGCAGAAAGAAGAGGUGAAACCGUACCCAGCAAACGGAGUGAGCACCACUUACCCCGAGUCCCGCUACACCUCAGACUACUUCAUUAGUUACGGCAUCGAGCACGCCCAGUGCGUGCCCCCCUCCGAGUUCUCCGAGCCCAGCUUCAUCACCGAGUCCUACCAGACGCUGCACCCCAUCAGCUCGGAGGAGCUGCUGUCCCUCAAGUACGAGAGCGACUACCCCGCGGUGCUGCUGCGCGAGCCGGCCCCGGACGCGCUGCAGACCGACUACUUCUCCAUCAAGCAGGAGGUGGUGACUCCAGACAACAUGUGCAUGGGCCGUGCCAGCCGAGGUAAGCUGGGAGGCCAGGACUCCUUUGAGAGCAUAGAGAGCUACGACAGCUGUGACCGCCUGACGCAGUCCUGGAGCAGCCAGUCCUCCUUCCAGAGCCUGCAGCGCGUCCCCUCCUACGACAGCUUCGACUCCGAGGACUACCCUGCCACCCUGCCCAGCCACAAGCCCAAGGGCACCUUCAAGGACUAUGUGCGGGACCGGGCCGACAUGAACAAGGACAAGCCUGUCAUCCCUGCUGCUGCCCUGGCUGGCUACACAGGCAGUGGACCCAUUCAACUGUGGCAAUUCCUGCUGGAACUGCUCACUGACAAGUCCUGUCAAUCCUUCAUCAGCUGGACGGGCGAUGGCUGGGAAUUCAAACUUUCAGACCCAGACGAGGUGGCCCGGCGAUGGGGCAAGAGGAAAAACAAGCCCAAGAUGAACUACGAGAAGCUGAGCCGCGGGCUGCGCUAUUACUACGACAAGAACAUCAUCCACAAGACGGCCGGGAAGCGCUACGUGUACCGCUUCGUGUGCGACCUGCAGAGCCUGCUGGGCUACACCCCCGAGGAGCUGCACGCCAUGCUCGACGUCAAACCCGACGCCGACGAGUGACAGGGACGCGGGGACGGCGCUGUCCUCCGGGGGAGCCCACGGGACUCGUUUGGUGGUUCUUUUUUUAUUGAUUUUCGCUGUUCUUUUGCUCGUUUUUUUUUCCGAGGGCCGCUCAGAUUCUAGGCUUUGAGGAUGUUGGGGGAGAGGGGGGAGGAAGAGGAAAACUUUGGGCAAGGAUGGGCUUUUUGUUGAUUUCCUGAAAGUUCCAAGACAGGCUUUUCUGGGGGAAGAUUCUGAGUUUUGAGAAAGCCAGGAAAAUGUAGCUCACUUUAAAAAAACAACAAUCCCCUCCUCACCCUUGGCUGUUUAGAAAAAAAAUGCGAUGAAAUGAAUCCCUUUGGUCACUCACACACAAACUGACAGGUCAGGAAUGACAAUAUUCCUGAGGAUUUGAGGAAUUUUAAACUUUUUUUCUUUUGGAAAACCAAAAUGGGUGAAUAUUCUUGCUUUGGGGAGGGGCAAUAUAGGAAAAGACCAAGAACUGUUGUUCUUCUUCCAUCACCUUUCUGUUGAUUGUCUUCUUUUCUACAAGAAAGAAUUUUUCCUAGGAGGGAUCAAGACUUUUUUUUUUUUUUAAAGUUUUAUUUUAUUAAAUUUUGUGCCAGUAUUUGUUUUUUUUUUUUUUCCUAAAUAGUCUUAAGCUCUAAGAUGGUCUCAGUAUUGCAAUAUUGUGCGUGUUUGUUUCUGUUCUGCCAGCAGAGAGUUUUAUCCCAGGGAAGAAAAAGAGAAAAAGAGGAAUUAGUUUAUGUAGACCCCACUGGAGAAUUGGAAUGCUGGGACUGGGAUGGGAAGGAAAAUGAACUCCAAGGUGGCUCCUGUUGAUGCUGGCUGGGGGUGCCACUCCUGUUUCCAGCCCCACACUCUGUGCUGAUAAUGCUGGUUGAAAUCCCUGCGCUUUUUUAAUGUUUGGCUGCACAAAUCCUCUCAAAAUUUCCAAGGAAAAUGUCUUUUGGCAUUUUCCAAAUCACUUAUUUUGCUCAAGGAACACUUUGGUGCUUACAGAAUUUUUUAUUUUUUGGGAGGGGCUAAGGAGAGAAAUUCCCAUGUUUCAAUGUGGUAAAUGGAAAAUAUGCAAGUCAAUUGAGGGGAAAAAUCAGGAAAAAGUUCAAAACCCAAAGGGAAAUGCUUUUUCCUUCCUGUUUCAAGCAGCUCUGUAUUUAUGGCCAUGUGUGGGCACAGCAGAAAGGAAAUUGUCCCUGAAAUGGGCUCUUCAUGGCUCUUGGGCUGCUGCUGUCAGGGUGAGAGUGGCACAGUGUCCCCAGGGCUGGCUGUGGGAUCAGGCCCAGGGCAGCUGCUCCCUCUGGCCUCCAAACCCUUCCUGCAGCUGGUUUGCUCUGGAAGGGUCACUCCUGCUGUUCCCCGUGCUCCCUGGGAUGCUCUGGGCAGGCUGAGGACAAGGUCCCACCACCCUGGGGGCAAUGGUGGGACUUGCAGUGUCAGAGGCUGUUGCUGUAUGCCAGCACAAUCCCAAAGCCAGGUCCCUGCAGAUUUGGCCUCCCAAGGGAGUCUUUCACCCCCCCGGGUGUUUGCAUUUAAAGGCAGCAUUUUGUACUUUACCAAAAUCCCUUCUCUGAGUGUCUGGGGGCACAGAGUUCAUUCCAGAGGGAAUCAGAAUUCCAGAGGGGUCAGAGC